UCAGCUAGCUGAUAGAUGGAUAACAUGACUGAAGGGGCACUUUCGCGCUCAUGCUGUAUUGAGGUAGGCCUACGAGAUUCCUCCAUGCUGGCGCGCACGAUAGGAUGGGCCAAAGAGCUACCACUGUAUAAAAAGGGCCGUUGGAAGGAGAGGGACAGUGUGUCAUCAACGAAUAGCAUCGGAAGGAACAAAUCAACGAACCCCAGAGUCAUCAUGAGUCGAAGCCCAGAAAGGAUCUCCUCGUACCGGCGCCACUUCGAGGGCGCUCUGACUGCCUCCUCCUCCACCUCUCUCCAGGUGCGCGUCUCCAGCCCGUCUCCAACGCGCCGGGACAACCGCACUCGCUCGGCCAGCUCUGCCAGCUACAGCCGCAGCGGCACCAUGGGACGGAGAGCGAUGUCCGGCUCCCGCAGAAUGGCUGGUGGUGCCAGCAUGGGUGGCAUGAGUGGUAUGGCUGCUCUGUGUGUUGGCAUGGGAGGCGUGGACCUGGAUGCAGCGGCCGCUGAGAACCAGGCCUUCAUGAGCACCCGCACCAGCGAGAGGCAGGAGAUGGUCACUCUCAAUGACCGUCUGGCAAUUUAUAUUGAGAAGGUGCGCUCCCUGGAGUCCCAGAACAAGCUGCUUGAGGCAGAGAUUGAUGCUAUCCAGAACCGCUACACCAAGCCGUCCGGCCUGCGUAAGCUGUAUGAGGAGCAGCUGCGUGAGAUGAUGAGAGUGGCCGAGCAGAUGAGGAUGCAGAGGGAUCUGGCCUUUGCUGCUAAGGAUGCCAUGGCUGGUCAGCUGGAGAUGCUGAAGGUCAAGUAUGAGGAGGCUGUGGAGGCCAGGAAGAAGGUUGAGAUGGAUAUUGUAGCAUUCCGCCCGGAUGUUGAUGCUGCCACUACUGCCCGCAUUGCCCUGGAGAAACAACUGGACAACCUGGAGCGUGAGCUGGAGUUCCUGCAGAGGCUUCACAAGCAGGAAAUUGAAGAACUGAUGGCUCAGAUCUACGGUGGCAUGUCUAAAGUGGACGUGGCGUUCGGCCUGCCCGACCUGUCGGCUGCGCUCAAGGACAUCCAAGCACAAUACGACAGCAUCGCCGCCAAGAACCUACAGGAAAUGGACUCUUGGUACAAGAACAAAUUCCAGGACAUGAAUCAAGCAUCAACAAGGCACGUGGAUAGAUCACGGAGCGUGAGAGAGGAGAUCACAGGGGCGAAGAGAGAUAUUGCAAACAAGGAACGUGACCUGGAGGCACUGAAGACUAGGAAUGAGGGAUUGGAGGCUCAGAUCCGUGAGGCCCGGGAACGCUACAAGAAGGAGGAGGAAGACCUCCUGGCCAGAAUUGAGGCUGUGAAGCUGGAACUGCAGGGCAUCAAAUCAAAGAUUGCCAUGAUGUUGAAAGAAUACCAGGACCUGCUCAAUUUGAAGAUGGCCUUGGAAAUUGAGAUCACCACCUACAGGAAGUUGAUUGAGGGUGAGGACCUUCGUCUGGACACCAUGGUGCGGCAUGGUGGCAUGUCUCUGAUGGGCAGCGGCAUGGGUGGUGGCAUGGCAGGUGGCAUGGCUACCAUGGGCGCUAGGGGCAUGGGCAUGAGUGGAAGUGGGAUGAGUGCUGGCGGUGUUAUGAAUGGCAGUGCCAUGGGUAUGGGUAUGGGCGCCAUGAGUGGCAGCGCUAUGAGCGCUAGUGGCAAAAGUGCCAGUGGCGGUGCCAUGAGUGCCAGCAUGGGCGCCGUUGGCAUGGGCACUGAUAUGGUUGGAGGCGCCGCUAUGGCAAGUGGUACGAGUUCAUCCAUGAGCGCCACCCAGACAUCGGGGUCCAUGGAGAUGGAAUCCAAGACCAUGUCCUCGUCCAACGGCAUGUCCACCAUGAUGUCCUCAUCCAACGGGAUGUCCAAGACCGUGUCCUCCACCAAUGGGGCGAUGUCCAUGUCUUCCAGCAGCAAGGCGGAAUUCUCUGAGGAGCAGGCGGUCGAGAUGACCGAGAGGAAGACCGUCCUAAUCAGAACAGUUAAGACCGAUGAGGACGAGAUUCUGAGCGACACACAGGAGCGUACCUUCACAAUCUCUGGAGCGGCCGACGACAUGUAGGAAGAAGCACCCACCAUCUUCAUCUUCACCCAUCCCUCCAAAUGAAGCGUUUACCUGCAUCCAUGGCAACCCUCCUUCCUCCUCGGUGUCGGUUGGUUGGCUCCUUGCCACGACUAACCUGUAAACCUGUAUCCAUGGCAACCCUCCUGUUUCCCCUUCAUUCCUCUUCGGUGUCAGUUGCUCCUUGCCACGACUAACCUGUAAACCUGCUUCAUUUCUCCUGUGGGUCCUCUCCUCCUAUGACACACCAUGCAAAGAAAAAAUAAACAAACCUGCAAA